CUUCUCCAGACUUGGUUGCUUAGAAAUACUUUUUGUUUUUUUCAUGCUGCGGUGAUAUAAAUACCCCAAGCACACACCACUUUACCCAAACCAUUAAUCUUUAUUUUAUUUUCUUUCACCUAUAAAUUCGUUCCAUCUAUAUUUUCUUGGAUCUUUUUCCCUGUUGCUCGUUUCAAUUUUUUUUUUCUUUUCUCUCUACUACACACAGCAUGACGACAUUUUCGUCACCACCAUGUUGCUUUGAUCCCAUGGAUAAUUCCAUCAUAGAUAACGCAUCAGUACCGUUGUGGUGGCCCGCCCAGCCACCGGUUCCUGUGAAAUCAAUUUGCCAAUACGGAUCCAUGUCCUGUACUUAUGGUUAUGCGGCGCCUUCCCCGCAACCUACAAACGCCAUGUUUCCGCCGCUCCAUACUUCUACCAUGCCUGUGGAGGAACCCUGUUUCUUUUCCCCGUACCCGACAAUGCCACCUGUGAGUAGUCACAGAUCUCCCCCGGUAGGGUUGGAGUGUUGCCGCCUGGCCACCCAUACAACAGCAUCAAGUGGGCCACAAGACUACAAUUACGUUCCUGUGAAUUAUCCUUGCACGGAUGUCCUAGAUCAUUUAUUUCAGGAAAAUAACCAUCCAUUCACCAUGCCAGCGGAACCAGACACUGCCAAUCCAGAAACAAACAAGUUUUAUUCAUAUCAAGCAAACACUCCUGAUCUCCUGAGUUAUGUAUCACCAUCAUCGGCCGACUCUGUAGCAACCGAUUAUGAUAGUAACAGUCCCAUCCUCUGGAACACGUCCUCCUCCACCUCCUCCGCUUCCUCCUCCUCCUAUUCGUCGCCAUUCCCAUUUCCAGUCCCACCCACUUCACCGCAUACAGAUCCUAGUCUGUUUCAACACCUAUACACGCCCAUGUCCGACACGGUGCCUGAAAAAAAGUCCAGAUCCACCAGAGAAAAACGACACGUGUGCCCAAUAUGUUUUCACAGAUCACGGCGACGACAUAAUCUACUGGAGCAUAUGCAGACGCAUGAUCCUAACCGACCAAGGAAAUAUAUCUGUCGUCAUUGUGAACGACCUUUUGCCCGAAAAUAUGACAUGAAAAGACAUGAGAAAAUACAUUCACGUUAGCAUCUUUCUUCUUCAUAUGUGAUUCCAUUUCACAAUCUGUGCAUCGUUCUUUUUUUCUUUUUCCUUUUGUUUACUGUAUUAUUUUGGCUUCGUAAAUAUGUUCAUGAUUGUUUUUUUAAUAUUAAAACAUUGUAUCAUUAUAUCCAGG